AGAACCUUGAGAAUAGCAACAUUUUUUUUAACAGAAAACGUUUUCCAUGACAUACGGAUCAAAUGCGUCAUUUAGCGUUUAUGCCAAACCGUAUGCUUAGCUCAUGGCCCCGUAAAUGCGGUUGAAGCCGUGAGCUAGACCAAAGGUCGCAUUGAUGAGCAAUUAUUUGCCUCAAUAUUUCAUGAUGAACGUUAAACCCAACUGGGAGAGGCAUCGGCACUCGGCGAUGUUUUGCAAGUUGACCUCAACAAAUCGUGACGGGCCGGGUCAGAUCGGACCUAUAUAAUGGCGGCCGCUGCUCCGAACAGCAUCACUUCAUCCACAGCUCUGAGCAAAAGGAGCAGUGUAACCACAGAACUGACCAACAAAAUGAAGGUGUGCAUUUCUGUGCUUCUGCUGGUGGCGGCUGCCUCCGCUGCCCCGCAAGGAUACGGAGCUCCCCAGGGCAAUGCCCCUCAGAGCUACGGAGCUCCCUCUGGUGCCGGCCAGGAGGAAUUCCCGCCGCAGCCGUACUCGUUCGAGUACGAGGUCAAGGACGACGAGGGCAACGACUACGGCCACAAGGAGGAGUCGGACGGCAGCCGCGUCGAGGGCGAGUACCGCGUGCUGCUGCCCGACACCCGCGUCCAGACCGUCACCUACUACGUGGAGGGCGACUCUGGUUUCGUGGCUGACGUCCAGUACGAGGGCGAGGCGCAGUUCCCCGAGGACAGCCAGAACGGCCAGUACGGCGCCGGCGCCCCCAACAACGGCUACGGCGCUCCGAGCCCGGCCACCGGCUACGGAUCCCCCUUCUAAGCAACUAUUGUCAUGUAAACACCGUCUCCUAUUUAUUACAUGGACUUGCAAGACUUAUGACCUGAGCAACGGACGUUGAAUCUAGUACCUGUACUUAUUUAUUUGCCUUAUCAUCUACAUGUGUAUCACUGUGAGUGUUUUGUGCCUUUCACUCUUCUUGUCAUUUUUUUGGCAAUAUCUGGUUAGUUUUUGGCAUUUUCUGUGGAUGUAUUGAUCUGGUAAACUUGUGAUCGAAUGUUUUAAAUGUGUUGAGUGGUGAAGUUGAAUGAGGAAUGUCUUAGACUGGACCAUGACUGGACCGUGGUGUAUAGAGUGUUUGGUGUGAGUGAUGUAAUCAAAUGAUGUAACUUAAUUGAGCAUUGAGAUAAAAUGAAUGUGAAAGUCACAAUAAAACAAUUGGGCACACACA